UUGGCGUUCAGGGAGCGUGGUGCGCCGAGCCCUCCAUGCAACGCUCUGCUUCUGAGCCAGUCGUGUGCCGGGAAGUCUUUGUCCGCGAUUUUCCGCAGUGUCGUCGUGUCGCGAUGGUGGUGUGAGUGAUUUUGUGGUAAUUGUGUAUGAAAAUGUGUUGUGGUUGUUCAUAAAAGGCGAGUGAAGUAUUUUCACGUUGGAUAUUGAGCAUUUUUCUGACCUGAGUGAGCUGAAUGUGUUGUGGUUGUUCAUAAAAGGCGAGUGAAGUAUUUUCACGUUGGAUAUUGAGCAUUUUUCUGACCUGAGUGAGCUGAAUGUCUUUAGAGCAGACUAGUUAUCCAAAAGCACUUCAUCGUUCUGCUUAUAAGGCUCAGUGGGGCAAAAAUAAGAAACAUAGAAACAUAAAACUACAGUGGUACUUAGACACUAUGUCUGACCCGAAAAUCGAGGAAGUUUUGGCGCCUCUAAGAGCCAGUGUUAAAGAACAAGGCGAUUUGGUCCGUAAGCUGAAAGCCGAAGGAGCACCAGAUCUAGAUGUUAAAAAAGCGGUAGCCGAGCUCAAAACAAGGAAAAAAUUGUUGGAAGAUAAGGAAUUGAGUUUAACACCUAACAUCACAUUUGAUCGUGCAAAGAUGGAGGAUUUGCUAAAAAGGCGGUUUUUCUUUGACCAAAGUUUUGCAAUAUAUGGCGGUAUUACUGGGCAGUUUGAUUUUGGACCAAUGGGAUGUGCUUUCAAAGCAAACCUACUUCAGCUGUGGAGACAGUUUUUUGUGCUUGAAGAACAAAUGCUAGAAGUAGAUUGUUCAAUACUAACACCUGAACCUGUCUUGAAAGCAUCUGGCCAUGUCGAUAGGUUUGCAGAUUUGAUGGUAAAGGAUACAAAAACAGGAGAAUGCUUUAGAUUAGACCAUCUCAUAAAGGCACAUUUGGAAAAGAUUUCUGCUGAUAAAAAAACUGCACAGGAAGUUAAAGAUGAUUGUCAAGACAUCAUUAUAAAGUUAGAUGGAAUGAAUAAGAAUGAAAUGGCUGCAGUCAUGCAGAAAUUUAACAUGAAAAGUCCUCUUACUGGAAACGAUCUGACAGAGCCUAUAGAAUUCAAUUUGAUGUUCGCUACACAGAUUGGACCAUCUGGUCUUAUCAAAGGAUUUUUGAGACCUGAAACUGCACAAGGAAUAUUCGUAAAUUUCAAGCGUCUUCUUGAGUUUAACCAGGGUAAACUACCCUUUGCUGCAGCUCAAAUUGGUAAUGCCUUCCGUAAUGAAAUCUCUCCAAGGUCCGGUCUGAUACGUGUCCGGGAAUUCACAAUGGCUGAAAUUGAGCAUUUCUGCGAUCCUAAGGAGAAAAGUCACCCAAAAUUCGGCAAUGUUCGGAAUACAGAGAUGCUUCUCUAUUCGGCAUGUAAUCAAAUGGAUGGGAAACCUGCUGAAAGAGUCACCAUUGGUUCUGCUGUUGACAAACGGUUAGUGGCUAAUGAAACUUUAGGAUACUUCAUGGCGCGGAUUCAACAGUUUCUUGUGAAAUCUGGAGUAGACCCUAACAGACUGAGGUUUAGGCAACACAUGGCGAACGAAAUGGCUCAUUAUGCCUGUGACUGUUGGGAUGCUGAAUGUCUUACAAGCUAUGGUUGGAUUGAAUGUGUAGGUUGUGCAGACCGUUCAGCAUAUGAUUUAACACAGCAUACACAAGCCACAGGUGUCAGGCUUGCAGCUGAAAAGAAACUACCAGAACCAAAAAUUGUAGAUGUUUGUGAAGCUACACCUAACAAGGGUAUUCUAGGAAAAACAUUUAAAAAGGAUGCUAAAGCGAUUACCGAUGCUUUAGCAGCUUUGUCCUUGGAUGAGGUUGAGGCUUUGGGUCAGAAACUGGAAGGCGCUGGGGCUUAUGAUCUACAUAUUGGAGAUCAAACGUUCAAUGUCAACAAGGAUAUGGUUGAUGUGAAAAAAUACCAGAAAACGGUGCAUGUUGAGGAAAUUAUUCCUAGUGUCAUUGAACCAUCAUUUGGAAGUCAUGAAAUGUACACAACUGGGACAAUGCAGUGUUUCGUGAAAAAAACAGGCAUGGCCCAACUGUUGAGAACUCUGCAAAAAUCAAAAGGAAACGCAAACGUCGCGUGGAACCGAUAGUGCUUGUGGCAGGGAAGUAAGAAAUAUAGUUUAUUAUUUUUUCAAAGAGUAAGAUAUUCACAAGGAUAUACCAAGUUAGCAAUUGAUCAUUACAUAUUGAGGAAAUGGGAAAUUCCAAGAAGUAUAUUUUAUUUUGCUGUUUGGUAUGAUGCAUUUCACGUAUCACAAUAAUAUGGCAUGGUGGUGGGUCGUUUUCGUAAUUUUGGGUGCAGGUAUUAGUUUUUAUGUGAUUAGUUACAUGCUUUUGAUGAAUUACGUUACACUGAUGACGGACAAUAAAUCAGAAACACGUGUCUAUAUUAUUUUUACGGGUAAAUUUACAGAUUCUGCAAAGGACUACGCAACCUGUUAUAUUGACAUACCAUGUAAUCAAUGAGUCCCAGAUGUACUCUAAUAAUUUUCUAAUAAACUUUUCUAUAUGUACAUUUUAUUGUUACAUUUCCCACCCACUUAAAAAUGUAAUCCUGAUAUGUGAACAACAGCUCUGAAUACGAAAUUCAUUUAUGCAAACGUUACAAAUUAACACAAAGACGUCGCGUUUGUGAUCAGCUGUUCACCUCAAAGCAUGAUGAAUACUCGUGAAAUAGGGUUUAUAAUCAUACCAUGACAUUAACGUCUAAACCAUAUUUUAGGUGUUGGAAGGGUUAUGUAUGCUAUUUUUGAGCACAACUUCAAACAACGUGAAGGAGAUGAACAAAGGACAUUUUUGUCAUUGCCAGCUGUAGUUGCACCUUUGAAAUGCAGUGUUUUACCACUUAGCUCAAAUACUGAAUUUAUGCCUUUCGUCAAAAGGUUAUCUGCUGGAUUAACAAAAGUCGACGUAUCUCACAAAGUCGAUGACAGUUCUGGGUCCAUAGGAAGGAGGUAUGCCAGGACGGAUGAAAUAGCCAUUCCCUACGGUAUCACAAUUGACUUUGACACUUUAAAGGAACCCCAUAGUGUUACCCUGAGGGAAAGGGAUUCUAUGGGACAAGUUAGAAUACCUUUGGAUGAUAUUGCAACUGUUGUCCACAACUUAUCAUACAGCAAACAGUCAUGGGCUGAUGUAGAAGUGAAUUAUCCCAAGUUUGAGCAGCAGGAAAGCAAAGGAAACUAACUUCAAAGCUAAUGUAUUAUAAAUCACUGCAUUUUUUAAACGUCCUAUAUCGUAUUUAUGUAAAACAUAAGAUAAAAAAUGAAUACUAUAUAAA